AUGACGAUUUGGCGUACGAAGACAAGAAGAGGCGAACCCGUAUCGAAGUCCCAGCAGUAUCGGGGACGGAAGAGAUCUUAUUCGAGGUCGCCAUCAACUUCAUCGGAGAGGAAGCAGGCACGAAGGGCAAAGCCGAGCGAAAGCCCGGCUCAGUCCGAGCUGCUAGCUGAAGUAAUCCAUGAGCUUGCGAUCACGCGAGCUCCGGAAUCCUCUCGCUCCACAGAGGCAAAGCCUCCAGUCACUGAGGAAGCCCACACUCGAGCACUCACCAUGCUCGAGCUUAUUUCAGCUAUAGCGAAUGGACGUGACGUCACCGGAGACUUCCCGUUUCAGGCCGAGGAAGAUCCAAAGACGACUGUAGUGCCGAGAGAGUAUCGACCAGCUGUCCAGUUACUCCAUCAGAUGACCAUGGCACUCUCUACGGACUACAUCUUCAGUUCGGCGCAGCUGAGUCACGCAGAUCUUGUUGUUCUUGACAAUUUUAUCCACAAGGACUUCUUCGAACAGGUUCAGGUUAAGUCGAUCCACCCGCAGGAGAGGCAGGAGUUCGGAGAUAGUUCCUCACACUUGAGUGCUCUACUCAUUUCUGGCUCUAUGGAAGGACUUGUGCAGAUGACCGCAGAUGCCACCAACUAUCUGCAGGAACUUAGUCGUAGGCCGCAGCCAGGUCCAGAAGACAUUAUCAACCGCAUGGACAUUCUCUUCACGAACAUCUACAAUAUCAACUUCCGCCGAUACAACAUUUUAAGAGAAGUCAUGCCGAACUUGAUCGUAGCGCAACUGUCAAUUGUGCACGAGUGCUACCGUGUAGUUCUCAAGGAACAGCUGCAAGCCAGAGGUGUUGUAGACCCCAUACUACUACCACCACCAACCACAGUGACUCCAGCCGCACCGCAACUUCCGAAGCCACGGAAGAGGAAGACCAAACCCAGGCCACAGCCGGUACAGGCACCUCAAUUUCCACCGCCACAGCCGCCACCUAGCAUCCUGCAACACACGGUUCAGGAACUGCCUCAGCGGCCUUCCACUUCCACACCUGCAAAGGGCGCUCGAGGCCAUCGUCCAUCAGGAAGGCCCCGGGGAGUUAACUAUUGUGAAAGCAACUUUUCCUUCAACUUAUCUUCUCCUCUUUGCUGGAGGAACAAACGAGGGAAAAUCGUGAAAUCAAAGCGGCAAAGAAACUUUAGUCAAUUCGACAAGAAUGAGAAUUCUCAACCUCACCUUCUUGUUACUUACCAUCUUUGUGAUUCUCUCUGCUGUGGACGUUGGUGAAUGCGGAUUUGGAAAGAAACUCAAGAAAAAGCUCAAGAAAAUAAGAAAAGGGAUAAAAAACGGAAUCAAUAAGAUUGGGAAGAAGAUUCCGAAAGUCCUUGACAAUGUGAGGAAAAUCAAAGAUGGAGUUGACAAUGUGAGGGAAAUCAAAAAUGGAAUUGAAGCAAUCAAAGGAAAUUGAUAUUUUGUGCUCGACUGUCGAUAAACCUUGGCAUUGUGAUUCAGUUGUAACACAAUUUUUAAAAGGUCUAGCAAAAGUUUGUUACGCGAUAAGCCAACGUUUCGGCAGCUCGUCCGCUUCUUCAGGGCUUCCUAAAAAAUUGAGACUUUGAAAACUGCCCGCUCAAACGCUUUGUUUGGCAAUAGAUUCUGUUUAGCUUAAUGAUGGAGUGACAGAAUAAAUGUUGAAAGCCU